UAGUUUCUAAUAAUAAUUUAGUCACCACGGGUUUUUCCGGUAGUUCGCGAAUGCAACAGCUGCGUUUGUGGGGACACGGAACACUGACGUAACAGUAAAAGAAACGGAAGCUGUCAAGCGUUUACCGUUUACCUGGUUACGGUUGUAGCCGGAAAAUUUACCCCCAGGGCCCCCUUUUCACCCCUCUCUCGGCUUAGCGAUAAUGUUGCUCAGACGCUGAAAGGUAAGGUACAACACUAAAGACGAAAAAUGGAAGAGAUUAAGACCGAGCCUGUGGAUUUUGUGAAGGAAUUCCAAGAAUACCUGACACAGCAAACCCAGCAUGUCAACAUGAUCUCAGGCUCUGUUUGUGGAGAAAAAGAGUCAGCAGAGGCGUUUCCAGCCGUUGCCCCGAGGAGUGAGCAGAAUGGUCUGGACCCUCCGUCUGUGGAAGUGAGCUUGUCAGUGGAGGAUGGUUCAGAUGUACAAAUGGACGGCCUGGAGAGGACCUGCGAUGGAAAGUACAAAUGCAGCUACUGCAGCUAUGCCAACAAGGGCAUGGCUCGUUUAAUAGAGCACAUCAGGAUCCACACAGGAGAAAAGCCUCACCGCUGCCAACUGUGCCCGUUUGCUUCAGCGUAUGAGCGCCACUUGGAAGCGCACAUGCGCUCGCACACAGGAGAGAAGCCAUACAAGUGUGACCUCUGCGCCUUCCGCUGUAGCGACCGCAGCAAUCUGUCGCACCACCGUCGCCGCCGCCACAAGCUUCUGCCUGCAAGGGUCGUACGCUCUCCCUUCUCCAACAAGAGAAUGUUGACCGCCCUGCAGAAGAGGACGGGCUCACUGGGCUUCAGCAGGCGACUACUCAUCAAUUUCAGCCCUCCCUCUGUGGUGAUGCCAAAGUCGGAUUAUCUGAAUGACUUGUCUCACAAGCUCCACCAUCAUUUGAACAGCAGUGAGUACAAGAAUCUUCCCAGGGUGGAUGAGAAUGAUAAUUGCAACAGAAGUGCUAAUGGUUUGACGUUUAAUAACCCACUGGACCAGCUGUCUACACUUGCUGGCCAGUUGGCUGACCUUCACCCUGAGUCUCAGACUCCUGCAUCCCCAGACAGGGAGUCCUUAAAAGAUGAGAAGCCCAUCCUUAUUCAGCAGGUCUCUGGUACACCAGUUGCAGUGUGUUCAAAUGGAGUGCAGACAUCCCCACCUAAAAAAGAAUCUCCCACCUCAGACCACCGGAGCUGCAGUCCUGAGCCUGGCCUCGGCUGUGAGAACAGCAUGAACACACUUACUGCGAGUGUUAGCAACAGCCAGCCGAGCACACCCACCCCUGUCCUGACCACACCAGACCAACACCUUUUGCAAAAAUGCCAGCACUGUGAAAUUCACUUUUCUGACAAUAUCCUCUACACCAUUCACAUGGGUUGCCAUGGCUACGAACAUCCAUUCCGAUGCAACAUCUGCGGUCACAUGUGCACAGACAAAUAUGACUUUGCAUGUCAUUUUGCUCGAGGGCAACAUAAAAAGUGAUUCCUUGUUACAAAGAUGCAUAUGCAGUCUUUGAUCCUUCUGUAUCGGUAUAUGUACAGCAUAUAGAGGUGACAGUGAUUUACAUGCUGUUACUUUUUCAUUUUACACUUAAUAACUGCACUAUUGUUGCCUUAUUGCAGUUCUACAUAGCUCAUGACUUAAGAGUUCCUUAAGCACAGAAAAAUCUUGUAAUACAGCAUCUCUGCAGUAGAAAAACACAGAGUGUAGUUUGCAGCAUUUCAUAGUCAGUGUUGGUUAGAUCAGUGGCUCUCAAAGUGGGGUCCGGGGACUCCCAGGUGUCCUUGAGGGGGUUCAAGUGGGUCCCCAGCAAAAAGGGGAAUCAUUUAUUUUCACUAUAUUUCCAUCCAUAACUAACACAAUGAAAGAAUGUAUGACUAUUUUGGUCAUGGGUUUCAUAGAUUCUGUAAUAAAACAUCUAAAAGUAAAAAUCUUAUCAGA